AUGUCAAGAACAUCUUACGACCGCUAUCUUACUGUUUUCUCACCGGAAGGACGGCUCUACCAAGUGGAAUAUGCAUUCAAAGCCAUCUCUGGCUCUGGACACACUGCCAUUGCCAUCCGUGGCAAAGACACCGCUGUUGUGAUCACACAAAAGAAGAUCCCGGAUAAGCUCCUCGACGCAGACACUGUCACACAUCUCUUCAGUAUCACACCAACGAUCGGCUGCGUCAUGACCGGACUCAUAGCCGACGCCAGGUCACAGAUAGCGCGGACUCGUUCCGAGGCUGCCAAAUUCCGCUACCAAUAUGGCUACGAGAUCACCCCCGACGCCCUCGCACGGCGGAUGGCGAACAUCAAUCAAGUGUACACGCAGCGCGCGGGUAUGCGCCCGCUUGGCAUCACCAUGAUCCUCAUUGGCAUUGACCCUGAAUUCGGGCCGCAGUGCUUCAGGCUCGACCCUGCGGGGUACUAUGUUGGGUUCCACGCGACGGCGGCAGGACAGAAGCAGCAAGAAACGAUGAAUCACCUUGAGAAGAAGUGGAAGAAGCUUGAUUCAGGCCGCGGAGCUGACGACGCCGUUGCCGCGGGCAAGACGCUCAGCAGGGCGGACGUCAUCGAGUUGGCCAUCGAGGCAAUAUCGACGGUGCAUGCGGCGGACUUCAAGCCCGGUGAGGUCGAGAUUGGUAUCGUGUCGGAGGGCGAGGAAGAAGACCCGAAGACGAAGGGACAGUGGCGUGUCAUGGACGAGGCUGAGAUUGAGAGGCACUUACUUGCGUACGCAGAGAAGGAUUGA